AUGGCUCCCUCUUGGGCGUGGCAGGAGAUUCUCUUGGAGAAUCGCAUGGUGGCCAUGCCGAUGUAUUUGCCGAGGCAUCCUCGGACGGGGCAUGUGUAUCGGAGCAUCAGGAUCAAUAAAAGAUUGAAGCUGCCAGGCCACGACCAACACAUUUUGGCAUCACCCACUUCUCCUCCUCCUCCUCCUCCUCCUCCUCCUCCUCCCCCACCUCCUCCACGUCCUGCACCACCUCCUCCUCCUCCUCCUCCUCCUCCUCCUCCUCCUCCUACUCUCCUAACUCCUUCACUUACAGCUCCUACUCUCUCUCCACCCUCAUUUUUCGUCUAG